AUGUUCGAUGCAUUGCCUAUGGACCAAUAUAAGGCCAAUUAUGCUGACAUUCUUCAUGGAAAUCCUCUUCGCUACGGGAACAUGAGGGGUCAAGUGCUAUUGAAGGAUAAGUAUAGACGCGACUUCAAUGAUUUCGACCUUGUGUUGAGAAGGAACGUUCCUGCAAAGUAUACACCAUACUUUGAGCUGCCAACUUUAUUUUCUGCUGAAAGCAGCGCUGAUGAUUAUGAUGAGAUUGAGAUUGGUCGCUCAUCACCAUCUAAAACUGGUUAUAACUUGAGUCCUCUGAAAACGAAUAGGACUUCUGGCUCUUCCAAUGUGGCCUUUAAAGAUUCCGAGAACUUGGUGAAAAUGGACAAUAAUAUAUUUAACGACGACGAAACAAAAUACUUGGGUAAAAGGAAGAAGAUUUCUAGGAAGAAGCCCAUGUUAGUGGAUGACCUUGACUCGCUAGUUGAGCGCACUUAUAGCUACAUUGAUUCGAACUUACACGGAGAUUCGAGACUCGAUAAAAUGGUGAGCAGUCUGGUUGGACGGCUGCGUCAAUUAAAGAUUGAGAAUGACGAAUUAAAGAAGCAAGAACGAUCUGCUGAUGGAAAGCCUGUCAAUAAUCGACCUUUGAGCAGAGGUAUAAGGUUUCUAAUCGGGUCAUACAAAGAGAAGAUCGAAGAAUAUACGCUUGAGAAUUCGAAACUACGCCGAGAAUUGAAAGCCCAACAGGAAGCCCAACAGGAAGCUCAACUUGAAAGGAGCAAAGAGGAAGAGGAGAAGGAAAAGGAACAUGAAAAACCUGCACCUCUCUCACGAGACCUGUUCGACGAUCCUGAUGUCCAGCAUAUUAAUACUGUGAUUUUACAGUUAGAAAAGAAGCGUGAAAAGUUAAUAAAAGAAAAACAGGAAGCUAAGGUGUUGCAAUUACAGGCCGAGAAGGCCCAGAGUGCGGCAUCAACAGCAAUACCAAUGGCAAUGCCGGUUAUCAACAUCAAUCUUUCUUCUGAGAUAAUGAAAUCCCUUACUUCGCAGGUGAUGAACGAGAUGAAAAUGAAGCCUCAGAGCGCACCGGAGCCAUCCAAAGCGAACUUUACAGAGGAGAGGAAGUGUCCCCUUGAUCAUACAACAAUUAAACUCGGAUCUACUUGUCCUGUCUGCCAGAAAAGACCCAACGAGAACGAGUACAGAAAGGCCAAUAGAAUAGACUCAAUCUUGAGUUCUGGCAGGAACAUUUUUGAUGAAUUGCCUCGAACCGAACCACUAGUUAGUAGAGUGUGGUAA